AUGAAAAAGUUAUAUUUAUUAUUUUUUAUUUCUUUUUUGGGAAUAUCAGGUGCUUAUGAUUUGAAUGCUCAAGAACUGAGUUCUUUAAGAUGGUUAAUUACGCAGUAUCAAAUUAAUUCGAAUUGGAACUUGACUGCAACUGAUUGCGCUGAUAUCAAUAAAGGUGCUGGAGGAUCGAUGACUUGUAGAAUUGAUCAAAGUGGAUUUCAAACAAUUACUACAUUAUUAAUGGUAACUUCUACUUGGGUCGAUCAUGGAGAACCACCAGUAAUUGACAAGUUGAUAUUCCCCAAUUUGCAAACGUUCUUGUUAAGUGGCGCUCAACAUAAAAAUGCAAGCUAUUCAUUAUUGGGUUUGCUUGAUAACACUGAAAAUGUCAAUUUAAAUACAAUAUCUGUUCAAUUUUUAAGUUUGGCAUCCGUUCCAACUUUCCCAUCAAAACUCAAAUUAACAACAUUAGUUUUGACGGAUGUUACUAUGAUAUCUGAUUUAAAUUUGAACUUAAUAUUUAAAGGUGUAAAGUCGAGUUUAAAUUUACAAAGAAUAUCAUUCACUUCCACUUUUAAAAUGUUUUUAGAUACAUCAACUAUGACAAAAAGUACAUUAUCUACUAUAACUAUAAAUGAUAUUUCAAAUACACACCCAAUUGUAUUUGGUUCUUCAACUUUAAAUAAUAUAGAUAUUGAUAAUGCAAUGAUUGUUCUUGGUGACCUACCGGAAGUUAGAAAAAUUAAAGCAAAAAAUUGUGCAUUUUCAACUUCAGAUUUUUCAGUAUUACCUUUUAUUACUGAUAUAAAUUUUGAUAAUAUUUCCACACCAAUUGAAAAUGCUUCAGGUUUGAUCAAUGUAGUAAUUACAAAUUCACCUGUUCCAAUUGUACCAUCAGAAUCUUGGUUUUCAAAUUCAUCAUUAUCAUUAAAGUUAGAAAAUACCAAUAGUAGUGGUAAAUUACCAGAUUUUAAAUCAUAUGAAGAUGUUUCGAUAUCAAUAUAUGGAACACAGAAUAUAAAAACGGAAUUAUAUGAUUCAUUUUGUAGAUUCAAUUUGGAUAUACCAUCAACCACUCUUGUUGGUAAUAUUGCAGAUUGUUUUUAUUGUUAUUGGUCUGAAAUGAAAUCAAAACUUCCAUCAAACACACCAAAUCCUCCAAAUGAUUUUAAAUGCAAUAUUUCAUUGGAUAGUUAUAAAUAUGUCAUUCCUCAAAUAGGAACAAACUUGGGAUGGGGAUUAAAUAAAUCACCUUUAAGUUUAACGAAUGCUAUUUAUAAUAAUCAGUUUUCAUAUCCAGUCAACACAGAAUAUGGAAGCUCAAAUUUAACAUUUUCAACAAUUCAAAACUAUACUUUACAAAUAUAUUGGGGAUUAGAAUUAAGUGUGUAUUUAAUUCAAUCAGAGAAUAUUGGUGGUAACAAUGUUUUAAUUAAAGCAUUUGGAAAAUUUAACUUGAAAGCACCACUUGCGAUCAAAGCCACCAGUUUUGGAAAUUCAAAUUGUCAAAUCACAUAUAACACGACAACUCAAUUGAAUUGUAUAAUUCCGAAUCAAAAUAGUACAAAUCCAAUUUUAAUUAAUCUUGAUGAUACUGUUACAACUAUUAAUUAUUAUAGUUCUUCAACUUUACUCAUAAGCGGUGUCCAUUUCAAGAUAAAUAAUCAAGAUGUCGAAAUUAGUGCAAACUUUGGACCAAAUCCAUACAAUGUAUCUGCCAUUAUAUCCAGCUUUCCUUGCCAACAAACAUUCUUAAAUGAUUCAAUAUUAUCAUGUAAAUUACCAGUAGGUUUGGUGGAAAAUGUUAAUUAUAGUUUGUUGGUUUAUGCCAAUGGAUAUAAUCAAACGAUACUUGUUUUCAUUAAACCAAAAGAAGAUUGUGGAUCACAAUCAAACUGCAAUGGUCAUGGAAGUUGUUUCGAUGGAAAAUGUAGAUGUAAUGAUGGCUAUGGUGGAUAUUAUUGUGAAUCACAACUAAGUCCAGGUGUAAUCAUUCUCCCAAACAACACGAUUCCUUCACCAACUGUCAUCGUUAAAGAUGGAAUGAAUUUCACAUUCAACAUCAUUGCAAUUCAAGAGAUAGAUGAGUUAAGUUCAGUGGUAAGAGAAUUGAAAACAAAUAAAUGGACUCAUUCAACAACUGGAAAUGAAACAUUCAGCAUCACAACAUACAGUUUACAAUCAACAACACCAGAAGUCGAUCAAAUCAAUGCAACAAUCGAAUAUUCAAAGAACAGUAGAUUGAUUAACUUUGCAGGACAAUCAACAUUAUAUCCAGAGAAUAGUUUGAAAUUGAUGGUCACAAUCAAUAAUUGGUCAUAUAAAGAUCGAUUAAAUCGAUUGAGACUAUUAAUGGAAUCGAUAUCUUCAAUCAAUGAUAAUGAUGACGGUUGUUCAGAAUUGGAUAUUUCAGUUAACAAUGGGACAGAAGUGAAUUUCUUGCAAAUGACAAUCAACGAUGUAUCGUUUUAUGGUCGAUUCCUUCCAUAUGCACUGUCAGACGACAAACCAGUUUUCAUUCAAAAUCAAGUUGUUAAUCAAACGAAAGAUAGUAUUUUGAUUGGAAUGACACUAUCUUACUGUGAUAGUUGUGUGAUAGAUCCUGAUUUUUCAGUUCUUAUCAACACUGAUGUUAAAAGUGAUUGUAAAGAAAAAUUCUCCACUUGGAAGAUCGUAACCAUUGUUGUUGUGCUUUCUGUUGCUUUACUGGCUGCAGGUCUCGGAGUAUUCUUUGUAUUGAAAAAGAAAUAUAAAUAUAGAAAAGAACAGAAAUGUAUAGGCAACAAAUUAAAUAAAAUAUCAUAA